AUACUCCGGAGGGGAAAAAAACAGUUGCUUCAGUGACUUUAGGGAUGACAGUUUUAGUGUGAGGCGAACCGGUUUGUGUUUUAGGAGUUGUUGUUCACCGCUGCGCCAUGGACUUUAACGUUAAACGACUAGCCGCUGACGCCGGUACUUUCCUGAGUCGCGCGGUCCAAUUUACAGAGGAAAAGCUCGGCCAGGCUGAGAAAACGGAGCUGGAUGCCCACCUGGAGAACCUGUUGGUCCGAGCUGAGAACACCAAGACCUGGACCGAGAAGAUCCUGAAGCAGACAGARGUUUUACUACAACCCAACCCCAACGUGCGGCUGGAGGAGUUUCUGUACGAGAAGCUGGAGAAGAAGGCCCCACUGAGAGUCAACAACCACGACCUGCUGGGCCAGACCAUGAUCGAGUCCGGGAAUGACUUCGGUCCUGGGACCGCCUACGGCGGAGCAGGAGCUGAGGAUGACGCAGAGUGAGUUCGACCGCCAGGCGGAGAUCACCCGCCUGCUGCUGGAGGGCGUCGGCAGCACUCACGCCCACCACCUACGCUGCCUGAAUGACUUCGUGGAGGCUCAGACCACCUACUACGCUCAGUGUUACCAGUACAUGGUGGACCUGCAGAAGCAGCUGGGCAGUUUCCCCUCAUCCUUCUCCAACAACAACCAGUCAUCGGUGUCGGGCGGGGCCGGUGUCUCGGUGCCCACCAUCCCGGUGUCGGCCUCCCUGCCCAGCGUGUCCGGGGGCCGCUCCUCCUCCUCGGUGUCGGGGGGCUUCAACGAGCUGCGCAGCUCCAACGGCAGCCGCAAAGCCCGAGUCCUGUACGACUACGACGCCGCCAGCAGUASCGAGCUCUCCCUGCUGGCUGACGAGGUGAUCACCGUCAGCUCUGUUCCCGACAUGGACUCAGACUGGCUGCUGGGGGAGAGAGGAAACCAGAAGGGCAAAGUACCCAUCACCUACCUGGAGCUGCUGAACUGAAGCUCCGCCUCCUGUGUUCUCACCUUCACACUGCAGGGAAACUCCUCCCCUUCUGUAAGAAAGCCUUUCACCAACAGGAAAUGAGUUUAACUGAGUGAAGGGAGAGAAAACGGACCUGAUCUCUCAUUUCUUUCUAGUACUUUUCUAAAAACCAACAUGUGCUUUCUUCAGAGUAACAGUCUGCUGAACAUCUGCCGGUAAAUUUUAACAAACACAACAAUUG